AUGGAAGAACGACGAGUGGCUUCCUUCAACAUCGACGUCUUCGCUGACAAGGCCAACGCCAAAGACGUCGUCACCGGCAUUCUUCAUACCAUCUUUUGGUAUCGCAUCUUCGCCAACCUCGAGCCCACCACUCACGAUGUGCUCGACGUUUCCAUACCUUGGAUCCAAGACGUCGACUUGCAAACGCUGAUCGAACAGCGUGUUGAUCAGUUCGUCCGCCAGGUCGACGCCGACUCCAACGACCAGAACCAGAACACUCGUGGUCAGAUUGUCGUGCAGUUCAGCGAGCGAGAACGCAGACGAAAGAAGGGCUGGUUUGGAGCAAAGGAUGAAGACCUGGUCUGGGAAACCUGGACGCUGAACAUUGCUCUGGCUUCUCCACGCACUCAUCAAGGUUGGCUGCCUCGCUUGGACGACUUAUGCAAGACUGACAUCUGCCUGUANGAAGCGACCACCUCCCGAAAAGCGAUAGAGAAGUCACUCAACAAUGCCGUCAUGAAGAUCACCGAUAUCGUACUACAGAACAAAGACCACGUCCCGCCCAUCACCACCCAAGACACCAACACUUUCCCAUACCACGUCCUAGUCAACCCCAAGAAUGACGGCUGGGGCCAGCGUAUGGGUAUCUUCUAG